AUGGGCUCAACCGGAACAAAGGGAGCACCUAGCAGCCCGACCAUGUCCAUAUCAAACCCAUUUCGCUCACGCAUCCUUUCGGGCCAGAUCAGCGCCGUCAUGUCUGUGAAAUUCAUGCUCACCAACGAGAUGGCCAUGAUGUGCAAGACAGCUGGAAUCCACGGCAUGUUCCUGGACAUGGAGCACUCGAGCCAAGACCUACACGCGGUGGCACAGCUCGUGCUGGCGUGCAACUACGUCGGCGUCUCGCCCAUAGUCCGCGUCCCCAGCAAGUCGCACUUUCAUUUGAGCCGCGCACUCGAUGCCGGCGCAGCAGCCGUCGUCGUACCGCACGUCGACAGCGUGGACGAGGCACGUGAACUCGUGCGUGCCGCCAAGUUUGCGCCGCUGGGCCAGCGCGGGUCGACCAACAACCAACCUUUGUUCGACUUCCGACAUGUUUCUUUCACCACUCAAAAUGAGACGCUGAACCGCGAGACUAUGCUCAUCCCCAUGAUCGAGACUCCGGCUGCCGUUGCUGCCGCCGCCGAGAUCUUGGCUCUGGACGGCGUUGAUGGACUCCUGAUCGGCUCAAAUGACCUUUGUACCGACCUAGGCAUACCUGGCCAGUAUGACAAUCCACUAUAUCAAGAUGCUGUGACGGCGGUGGUACUCGAGGCCAAGAGAGCAGGAAAGCCUAUAGGCAUUGGCGGUAUUGGGGGCAGGAAGGAUCUCUUGGAGAAGUGGUUCGCCAUGGGCGCCUCGUGGUCGCUGAGUGGUGCCGACGGAUCGAUCAUUCAGGCUGGUAUGAAGAAAAUUGGAGAUAGCUAUGCAGAAAUCAACCAAAGAGUGCAGAAGCUCAACUCGGUAAAUCCAGUUAGGAAAUGA